UCCAACGGUCCAGAUUUCGCCAACAUCUCAGUUUAGGGUUUCUGAUUGUUCGUAUAUAAACUUCACAGUUUCAUCUCAGCCGGUGCGGUGCAGUCUGUCUGCCCUCCCAUUCUCUCUCUUAUCUCAUUGUCGACUCUCAGUUCCGUUCGGAUUUCCGACUAUUUAUCCCCGUUUUAUCCUUCCCUCUCCUCUCUUAACCCCAAAAUACCCAAUAAAUUUCUCAGAAGUUCCUAUAUCACACUAGCUCAGAGUCCUUCGAGUUUUGUUUCUAUUGUGUACUUUAACGCUCUUAUUAGGGUUUUAUUAUCGAAUCAAUUAUAGAGGAGAGGGAACAAAAAAUCGAAAAAAAAGGGCAAAAGAUUUUGGAAAAUUAGUAGAAAAAGUGGUGUUUCUGAGGGGUAUUCUGGAAGAAAUGGCGCAGAUUCAGGUGCAGAUUCCGGUAAUGGGACCGAAUGGAGUGGCUGCCGGCGCGAACCAGGUCGUGUCGACGUCGUUGUACGUUGGGGAUUUGGAUUUUAGUGUGAACGAUUCGCAGCUCUAUGAUCUGUUUAACCAGGUGGGUCAGGUUGUGUCGGUUAGGGUUUGUAGGGACUUGAGCACUCGGCGUUCCCUUGGCUACGGUUAUGUCAACUACAGCACCUCUCAAGAUGCGGCUAGGGCAAUGGAUAUGCUAAACUUCACUCCACUCAAUGGCAAGUAUAUUAGAAUCAUGUAUUCUCACCGGGAUCCUAGUAUUCGUAAAAGUGGAACAGCAAAUAUAUUUAUAAAGAAUUUGGACAAGGCAAUUGACAACAAAGCACUCCAUGAUACAUUUUCAAGCUUUGGCAGUAUUCUUUCUUGCAAAAUAUCUACAGAUUCUAAUGGCCAGUCCAAAGGAUAUGGUUUUGUACAAUUUGACAGUGAAGAAUCUGCUCAAAGCGCCAUAGAUAAGUUAAAUGGCAUGCUUCUUAAUGAUAAACAAGUUUAUGUUGGACACUUCCUUCGUAAACAAGAAAGAGAAAGUGUGAUGAAUAAGACGAAAUUCAACAAUGUGUAUGUGAAAAAUCUGGCAGAAUCUACUACAGAAGAUGAUUUAAAGAGAAUUUUUGGUGAAUAUGGAACAAUUACUAGUGCUGUAGUGAUGAGGGACGGAGAGGGAAAAUCCAGGUGUUUUGGGUUUGUCAACUUUGAGAAUGCAGAUGAUGCUGCUAAAGCUGUUGAGGCCUUAAAUGGAUACAAAUAUGAUGAUAAGGAGUGGUAUGUUGGGAAAGCCCAGAAGAAAUCUGAAAGAGAGCUUGAACUAAAAAGUCGAUUUGAGCAGAGUGCCAAGGAAGCAGUGGACAAGUACCAAGGAGUGAAUUUAUAUAUCAAAAACUUAGAUGAUAGUAUUGAUGACGAUAAACUCAGGGAAUUGUUCUCUGAGUUUGGUACAAUUACAUCAAGCAAGGUUAUGUGCGAUCCCAGUGGAAUCAGUAGAGGAUCUGGAUUUGUUGCAUUCUCGACUCCUGAAGAAGCUUCAAGAGCUCUUGCUGAGAUGAAUGGGAAAAUGGUUGUUAGUAAACCACUUUAUGUAGCACUUGCACAGCGGAAGGAAGACAGACGAGCAAGGUUGCAGGCACAGUUUUCACAAAUGAGGCCAGUUGCAAUGUCACCGUCAAUGGCUCCUCGUAUGCCAAUGUAUCCUCCUGGUGCUCCAGGUGUGGGACAACACGUGUUUUAUGGGCAAGGACCGCCUGCCAUAAUCCCUCCCCAGGCUGGAUUUGGCUAUCAGCAGCAGCUUGUUCCAGGAAUGCGGCCAGGUGGGGCUCCUAUGCCAAAUUUCUUUAUGCCAAUGGUUCAGCAAGGUCAGCAGGGUCAGCGCCCUGGUGGGAGACGUGGAGCAGGUCCUGUACAACAAACUCAGCAACCGGUUCCACUGAUGCAGCAGCAGAUGCUCCCAAGGGGACGCAUGUACCGCUAUCCGCCUGGUCGUAAUGUGCCUGACAUGCCAAUGCCAGGCAUUGCUGGAGGCAUGCUUUCUGUUCCAUAUGACAUGGGUGGCAUAUUUCCUCGAGAUCCUGCAAUGGGACAGCCUAUGCCAAUCACCGCUUUGGCUUCUGCCCUUGCAAAUGCAUUGCCUGAUCAGCAGAGGACGAUGUUGGGCGAGAACUUGUACCCACUCGUGGAUCAGCUGGAACACGAACACGCGGCUAAGGUGACAGGCAUGCUUUUGGAGAUGGACCAAACUGAAGUUCUGCAUUUACUUGAAUCGCCGGAUGCUUUGAAGGCAAAAGUUGCAGAGGCUAUGGAGGUCCUGAGGAAUGUUCAUCCGGCUAACAGUCCAGCUGCUGACCAAUUAGCCUCAUUAUCCCUCAACGACAACCUUGGUUAAACGAGUGCCCAUGCGUUUCAUUACAAGUGUCUGAUUGAAAAAAGUUUCCUUGUGGGUGAAAGCAGUAUGCUUUGUGGUUCUUUGAUGAUUUUAGAGAUUCUAAGAUUGCCCUUGCUUUAUGCUGUGUUUGUUUUUAAUAGAAUGUUAGGCUUGUUUGUACCUUAAUUGCUGUCCUAUGAUUGUUUUAUUGUUUCGUACUCAAAUUGGAGUCAUGUUAACAGUUUUUUUAUAGGUGGAAGGGGUCUGGUUUUAGUAACACUUUCUGCCCGUGCGCACACCCAAAAACACUCACGCACACGGAAAUUCUAUGGGUGUUCUUUUAGUUAAUUUCUGAGUCGUGUUUUUUCCUCUCUAAAUUAGAGUAAUAUUGAAUUCAUCAUUGCAAAGUAUUCUUUGAAUAUUUGUAAUUUCACGUUAAUCCUAUUUUAGUUCCCCAAUUUUUUUGUGAUAAUUUAAUCCUUAUCGAUGGAUAUUAGUUUUAAAUGAUGAACUUCUGUCAACUAUUUGCCCAGAGGUGUCGAUCGAGUUGUGUUGGGUGUGUGUGUUGUUUUCAUUCACAGGUUUGUAUGUAUUGGGCAUUAAUCAAAUCUAAAUUUAUCUCAGUUAACUAAUUUUGUUGAUCUGAUUUUUUUAUUUUUGUGUUGUGUUUAUGUUGAUGUAUAUAGUUUGUGAAUAAAAAAAGUU